AUGAGCAAGUCCGACCUCGCCAAAGACUCGCAGGCCCCCCUACCUGCCAUGGUGCUGCGCUUCGGCGACGACGUCGGCGAUGCCAGCUACCCCGAAGCUGCUCUCGUCGUCGAGGGUAUUGCAGCGCCAUGCAAGGCAGAGGCGAAGGAGGUGAACACCGACAGAGAUGACAACGCCAGCAGCACGGAGUGCGUGCCGCCCCACGCACAGCACUGCCAUCAGCCACCGCGGCGCGACUUCCGGAGUGGCCUCUUCGACUGCCAUGAGAGCUGGGCCGUGUGCCUCGACGCAUGCCUGUGCACGUACUGCGUGGCCAGUGCGCACCACAACUUCCUGAUGAACGACACGGCGGGCGUUUACUUCCCCGCCUGCUGUGGGCUGCUCUGCGUCGAUGCGGGGCUCAGCGCACUCUCCUCGUGCCUGCCAAGCUCUCUGUACCUCCACACCUACCUCAUGCGCAGCGCCAUCCGUCAGCGCUACGGCUUGCACUCGGUGGACGGACGUGUCGACUCCGACGAGCACGACAGCGGCAGCUACCGUGUCUGCUCGACGGAGUCGCUGCUGGACCUCCUGGCCGUAUCCUUCUGCCUGACCUGCGUCAUUGCUCAGCACCAGCGCGAGAUCAUGCACCAGGGCGACUGGUGUGGUGGUGUCUUCAGCAACCGCAGCUCGCUGCAGGCCCCGGCGACAGUGCAUACGGUCUAG